AUGAAGCGCCGUGGGUGGAAUGAGAGCCCGUUGUCGACGCCGUCACGGCCACGCAGCGCGCGCCGCAAGCCCGAAUGGAACUCGUACAUGACCGACAGCUCGCAGUACAAGCUGAACCAGCAGCAGCAGCUCCAGCGCGCACUGCAGCAGCUGAGUACGGCGCAUUUUUCGGCUCGCAGUCCAGCUGCAUCGGCUUCUAAGCGGCGCACCAAGGCUGCGAGCACCCACUGCUCAGCAUGGAGCACGCCACAAGAUCCAGAGAAGAACAGAGAACGACCUAUACGUCUAGCGGACGUGGAGGACACUGGGGGGCUCAAUACCCAGCGACGUUUGCAGUUCGCAGACGUGUCGAUGGAUCUCGACGAGCCCACGCCUCGACGCCGAGCAGCGAGAGCCACUACCGUGUCGUUUCAAGAGCAGAGGAUGCAUCCAAACCAUAAAGCUACUUUACAGACAGAGCUGGAGGUGCUAGAGAAGAUGUUGUGGCAACUAGAGACCGAGACGGAGAGACGCAAUUGGCAGAGCCCACAGAAGAGGAGCAAGUCGCCCAGAGUGACGAGGACAGGGUCAGCGAUGAAGCUGAAGCAGGAAAAUACACAGGAGCGAGAGGAAAUCGAGCCAGAGAGAGAACAAGAAGAAGAGGAGGAGACGGAUGCGGAGACCCGCCUUGGAGAUGUUUGCUAUAAAUCUUUGGAGGUCGGGCUAGAGUUAACUCGCAGAAUUGAUACGCUGAAGAAGGAGUUUGACACUGAACGGAGGAUACGUGAAGAUCGAGAGCUGAAGAUUGAGAUGUUGGAGCAAGAAGUGCGGUCUACACACGCCAAGUGCAACUACCUGGAGGCCAAAUACCAGAAUAUGGUCUCGCAAGUCGAUGGAAUGGUACGAAGAACAGCUCUAGACUUCGUUAUCUUAUAG